AUGACUGAAUUAGAUGCCCUUAUUAAUCAAUUAGACGAAGUUGCACAGACAAACCAAAAGAACAAAUCGCGACCAUCCAAAAUGAGUCAGUUUAAUAAAGUGAAAAUCGAACAAUAUUCAAAUGUAUCUGAAUAUCCAGCAGCUCUACCUAAUCCUAUACUUCCAAACACAACAGAUAUGGAAAAAGUUAAAAUACAAUUCCCACAAUUUGCAAAACAACAACAAUUUCACGUUAAUAAUGUUAUUAAGCUAUAUCAAGGUAUUACAAUACAGGAAUUAAUAGGAAAAGCUCCACCAGGUACAGAAAUUGAUAUUCCACAAGGUGAUUAUAAUGAAGAAAUAAAUAUUACAGGAAAUAUUAAAUUAAAAGGCAUUGGUAAAGUUACAAUCACGGGAUUAUCAAAGAACGAUACCGUUUCCAGCUCAGGAAAUUUCGUUGAGCUCGAAAAUAUCACAUUAAUCCAAAAAGAUACAAAAUCAGGCGGAGCCCUCACAGUUUUAUCAGGAUACCUACGUGCUGUUAAUUGCAAUUUCCAAUGCAAUACUAUUUCUUCUGUUACAGCUCAUGGAGACUCAAAAGCUGAGUUUAUUUCCUGCGAAUUCUUCUCGUCAACGAAUCCAUGCCUUAUGGUCGGCACUUCUUCCAAUGUACAUUCUACAAAAUGUAAAUUCUACACUAGUAAAACAUGCGGAGUUUACGCAACAGAUAAUUCCGUCGUAACUCUCGAAAAAUGCACAAUUUCAAGGAACGAAUCGACGGGAAUCUCAUGCACAGGUGCUUCCAAGUGCAUGAUUGUCGAAUGUGACGUUAAAGAAAACAAAAAUACUGGAAUUGAUAUCACAUCUUCAGGAAUUGUGGCCAUUAUACGUUCCCACAUACAUGACCAUGAUAAUGGUACCGGAAUUUCAGCAGAAGGAAACGUAAAACCGUUGUUAAUCGAUUGUAUUUUAGAAAACAACGGAAUCGCAAGUCUUAGUGCCACAGGAGGUGCCAAUAUCAUUUCCAAACAGUCGAAAUUCUCAAAUUCUCCACAAAACAGUUUGAUAAUUUCACAGAAAAACGCAACAAUCUCAUUAGAACGAGAUGACCUCUCAGGAGACUGUAUGAUAGCUUGCGCUUGCUUCGAUAAUGGCGGAAUCAUCGCAAAUGAUAUCUAUUUACACGAUUUGAAGCAUUCUGGAAUUAUAUCUUACUCAGGAGGCUCUUUGACGAUAAAUAAGUGCCAUAUAGAUGAUAUCCCUGAGGUUGGUAUACAGAUUCGCGAUGGAGCUUCGUUCAAUAUCCGAAAUGUUUCAUUAAAUUGCUGCAAAGAUCAUGGUAUAUGCUUAAUGAAUGGUUGCUCAGGAUCUCUUAGCGAUAGUGACGUAAUUGGAGUAGAAGGAGGCGGCAUAGAAGUGCAUAAUGCCGGUCAAGUUGAUAUUAUCAAUUGUAGACUACAAAACAACGUAACAGGCAUAGUUGUUCGUAACACACCUUUAGCGGAGUUCUCAAAUUGCAAGGUGGAACUCUCUAAAAAACACGAUUUGGACGUAGCAGGGCAAAAUACAAAACCGAAAUUUGUAAAGUGUCACUUUUCGGGUGGAUUUGAAUCGAUUUGUUCGAUUUCGAAUUACGCAGAGCCAUUCUUUGUUGACUGCCUUAUAAGUGAUUCGAAGAACAUUGGAGUAGCAUGCUUGUCAUUCUCCGCACCUGUUUUCCACGAUUCUACGAUCCAAAAAUGCGGGACUUCAGGAUUAUCUAUUUAUGGCAAGUCAAAUGCAUCUUUUGAGCGUUGCAAAGUGAUGGACAACAUGAACUUUGGAUGCCAGAUAUUCGAACAAGAUACAACAGCUACUUUUACCGAUUCAAUUUUCACAAAUAACCUUCAUUCAGUAUCCAUUAUGGCAAUUAACGCAUCUACUGUUAUCUGCGAGAAGUGCAUAUUCUCUAAUUCACUACAGCCUCACGUAGAAGUCAGAAGCGGCUCCACAGUCCAAUUAACAAAAUGUGAUGUCUCUAAAUCAACACAAGGAGUUGGUUUACAGGUCCACAAUGAUGGAGUGCUUUGCAUAAACAAUACCGUUAUACGUGAUGAGGCUAAAAUGGGUGUUUUAGUUGGAGAUACAGGAUUAUUGCAAAUAACAGGCGGAGAAAUAAGAAAUUGCGGUAUUGCCGGAAUUGUUUGUAUGGCAAAUGGAAAUAUCCAAGCUGAAAAGACAAAAUUAAGCGGAAAUGGACAAUUUGCCAUCCAAUUCAUGGAAAAAAGUGCAGGAACUGUGAAAUCGUGCGAAAUAGAGAAUCAUACAAUGUUUGGCAUCCUCGUUUCUAGAGAUGCAGCUGUUACUUGCGAUGAUAAUAAGUUUUCCAACAACGGACACAAAGAUAUCGUAAAUCUGUAA